CCACAUGGCAAAGAAGGCAGCGAGCACCAAGAUCGGUGGCGAGAAGAAGAAGAAGAAGCCCAAGACGGCCGGCGCCGAGGGUGUCAAGGGCGGGAGCGUCAAGAAGGUCAAGAAGCACCGGACGCACGCUCUGCUUCCACAACUGGAGGGUGAGGCGGCCGCGUCAAAGGCGGAGGCCAUGGCCAAGGCCGCGGCCCUGAAGGCCAAGGUGAAGAAGCGCGGCGGCUCGCUCGCCGCCCUGGGUGGGAUGCGUGCAUCGCUGGAGGAGAUGCUUGCGGCGGGAGAGGAGAAGGCGGCGAGCAGCAGCGCCGGCAGCGCAGGCGUCGGCCUGAACGCGAAGAAGCGGCUGCAGCUCGUUGCCGACGAGACGGCAAACAUGCGCGACGUCCUCGACCACCCCGCCUUCAAGUCGGACCCGUUUGGCGCGAUUCAAGCGCACCUGCAGAGCACCGUGGACGCGCAACAUGCCAAGGCAGACGAGCGGAGACGCGAACGCGUCGAGAGGAACGGCGGCGGCCUGGCGGACAAAAGCGGUGGCGGGGCGAGGAGUAGCACCGCGAGGGCAGCGGGGAGCGGGCGAGGCGGCGGGCGCAGGGCGUCGUCUGCAGGUCGGAACUCCCGUCGGUGAUUGUGUUGCAACAGAGUGUCUCUCUCACCAGACACCACACUCCACUCUCCAGUCUCCACACCACAGCGCACAGGAAUGAGGAAAAUGGAAAUCACAAAAAAGCUCUUGUGUG